AUGUCACUCAAGCGACUGGUCGACGUGAACACGGUUGCACAAUUGCUCAAGAAGAAUAUCAUCAACAAGGAAGGCGUGAAAAUACUGGACUGCACCUACGAUCACUUUCAAGUCGCAAAAAAACCCAAUUGGAAAGAGUUCCAGACCAAUCUAUAUGGGAACUUCGAAAAACUCCUAGCACAGCCGUGCCCGUCUAAGCAGAAGUACCUCACCGGGCAUAUUCCAAAAGCAGCUCAUAUUUGUAUGGAUACUGCGUUCUAUCCAUCGGAGUAUGAACGCUUUGCGCUGUACCCUCCUGAAAAGUUUCAGGAAUACGUACAGAUGCUAGGAAUUGAUGCUGACGAGCAUCUAAUACUUUAUGGUCGAGAAAUGUUUGGAGGAAUGGUUCACGCUGCGAAAAUGGCUUGGCUUUUCAAGUCCUAUGGACACGAAAAAGUGUCGCUUGUCGAUGGUGGGUAUAAUGAAUGGGUUAGAACGGGCCAUCCAGUCAGCAAAGAUGACGUUCAACUGAAGGCAAGUUGA